UUAAAAUUAUUUUUUGUGGAGACAAAGUCUUUCUAUGUUGUCCAGGCUGGUGUUGAACCCCUGGGCUGGAGCGAGCCUCCCCCAAAGUUAGGCAUGAGCCACCGUGCUGGCCUCCUUUGUUCUUCAAUAGCAUCUGUUGUCCUACUCUAUUGUAAUUACUCGUCUGUUUCUUUCCCACUAGACUGAAAGAGUUACAGGCAUUGCUUUUUAUUGAUCACAAUAUCUUUACUGCUCAUCACAAUGCCUGGCAUAUAGUUGGUUAUGAAUAACUUGACCUGCUAGCCCAGAUAGCCUCUGCUCAUUAACAGGGGCUCCUGCAGUUUCAGGAGCCUUAGGUAUCCAUGGAGAAGAGAAAGAAUUGUUUGCCAUCAACCACAAAUCUACUGAGUACAGUUCUUUCUAUUAUAAGGAGACAUAUCCUUAAAUCACCACACUAUGCAAAAUCAUGCAAUAAAAACCACAGGGCUUAUUGGGAAAAUGGAGGUAGGGAACAACAAUAAAAAACUAAACAUUUAAAAAAAGACAGGAACCUAAUAAAAAUGGUAGCACUAAUUUUCACAUAUUAAAUGGUUAGAAAGUACAUAAAUACUGCAAUAAAUAUGACACUUUGCCUUGAAAAAGAUAUGGGGUUUAUUCUGUGGAAGUGAGUGUUGGAAACACCUUGUGAAUUAUCGUGAAGCCAUGAAGGAGGCUUGUCUGAAAUUGGGUGAAAAGCUGUAACCCCAGAUGUGGAUGGGUGUGGCUCAUAACUCAAGUGGUGAACUGAAGUAGCUGAUAGAUGUUUGAGGUGCGUGCAUGUUACACUUUCCUACUCAAUUCAGUUCAACUGGGUACAGUUUUCUGUGUUCACUAGUUUCUUGAAAAUGGAAUCCCAUAAAAGCAAACAUGAAAUUUGCAUCAUGCUGAGUUCCUUAAUGCAUGCUUCAAUUGUGUUUGAACAAAUUUUCAUCUUAAAACCAGCAUUAUAGCAGAACUGAUUGAAUCUCUUUUGUGCCUGACCUUGUGCCAUGUGGUGAGGAUACAGUGGCAAUAACAAGACCCUGCUUCCCUCAAGGAGUUCACAGUCUAGCAAACACAGUAAUGUAAACAGUAAAAACUGAAGGACUAUAAAAGUCAUUGUAUUAAAUCAGGUCAAUACCAGAUACGAGGCAGUGCAGAGAAAGAAGGCUUUCACUCUCCUGGAGAGUCAGGGAAAUCUCUGAAUCACUGUAAUGACUAACAGUCCCGUGGAGCUUCUUAGGUGCAUGUACUGCUCUAAGCCCUAACCUCACAACAGUCAUUUGUGGUGGGUACAAUUCUUUCCCCCGUUUUACAGACAAAGAAACUAAGGCACAGAGAUUGCCCAAGGUCACAUAGCUAAUACAUAGCAUAGUUAGGAUACUAACGCAAACAGUUUGGCUCUAGCAUACUUGAUCUUAGCUACUUCAAAGAUUUCAGCUGAGAUUUAGCACAUGAGUAGGAAUUUUUAGAAUAGUUGGGGCAAAAUGCACCUGUUCCUGGGAGAAGGCAUUCAGGAAACUUUGGGAUUGGCAGGUGGUGCUAAGAUUUCUGAAUAGGGAGGUGUAGAAAGAGCUACGAUUAUUUGGCAUUGGUUGGUGAUCUCUCAUCCAUUGAGAGAGGAGAGCAUCACUUGAAAAGUGGGACAGGGGGUUGAGAGCCAUGAAGGAGAGGGUUGUGCAGAAGUGCUGUCAGCCUCAAGAGGACACUACACUAAUGGGACUUUUGGCUAUCUCAGUCACUUGCUCUUUGUGAAAAUUGUUCAUUAGAUAAAUCACAAAGCCCUUAAGUGCAACAAGUCCAUGACUUUAAGGUCAUUAAGUUCUUGGAAAUCUACAGUGUUCUACAUUUCCUACCGUCUAGUAAUCCAAGGUACAUCAGAAAAUAUCAUUGACUGUGUCUCUAGAAAAUUCCUUUGUUGGUCCCCCAAAUCUUAGUCCAUACUUAUAGAAGCUCCCUGAGCACAUGGUGGGCAGUAACUGGCUGGUCUUUUCCUGUGAUAUUGGCCAUUACAGGGGGGAUUUGACAAUAUACCUGUGACCUUGUGGGGCUAGGUGCCAACUCUCUGCAAAGAGUGUGGUGGAGUGGGGGAAGGAAGGGAGGCUCACUGGACCUAUCAGUUGCUUCUAGGCUGGCAUGGAAAAUAGGAUAGGAGGGUUCUUUUUGGAGAUUGACUCUGAUUUUUCUCACUUCUUUGGCUAAUGAAGCCACCACCAACAUCUAUAGAAUAGAGUUCUCAGAUACCAACUUGUAUCUAUGUGGGCCUGUUCUAUGAUUUUCCAUUUAAAAUGGCCCAUAAGCAACAACACAUGACAGUAUAUUAUCUGUUUACACAAUAGGCAAUAGGUUAUAGAUCAGAAGUUCUUAGGUCCUAGUGGUGUCACACUGCACUGAAUCCUCUUCUAGAAACCUACUAAGGCAAACUCUCAAUUAUCAAAUCUCAGCUCCCAGACACAAUGAGAAGGCAGCUGACUGCAAGACAGUAGGAGAGCCCACUAGGAACCUAAUCAACUGGCACCUUGAUCUUGGACUUCUUAGCUUCCAGAACUGUGAGAGAGAAAUGUCUAUUGCUUAAGCCACCUAGUCUAUAAUAUUUUGUUAUGGCAGUCCAAGUCAACUAAGAUAAUAUUUAAAUCUCCUUAAGAGCUCGUGUAUCUGACUCUUCUCUGUCUCCACCAGAGUGUGUCCUAUUUUACACCUCAUGUCCUUAGUCUGGAAUAUUGCAACAGCCUCAUGACUGAUCUUAUCUUCAAUAUGCUCCUGUGUGUUUUAUUUUUUGUCAUACUUUUAUUUGAGAAGUGGCUAGUAGAUAUAAAAGUACAAAGAAUAAGAACAUGUACAUGUAUCAACAUACCCAGAGUUGAAAAUUAUUAAAAUUUUGUCCCACUUGCUUUUAGUUCUUUUUUAAUAAAAGCAAUGAAAUUACAGAUAAAAUUAAAUCUCUUUUAUCUCCUGUAAUAUCCCAUUCUAUCACCUAAGAGACAAUGAUUAUGAAUUUUUUUUUAAGACAAGGUCUUGCUCUGUUGUCCAGGCUGUAGUGCAGUGGUGUCCUCAUAGUUCAUUGCAACCUCUAACUCCUGGACUCAAGCAAUCCUCCUACCUUAGCCUCCUGAGUAGCAUGCGCUAUCACCCUUGGCUAAUACAAAACCUUUUUUUUUUGUAGAGAUGGGGUCUUACUGUGUUGCCCAGACUAGUCUCAGACUCCUAGGUUCAAGUGAUUCUCCCAUGUUGGCCUCGCAAAGUGCUGGGAUUAUAGGUGUGAGCCACUAUUCCUGGCCUUAAUUAUGAAUUUAGAUUAUACCUUUAUAAUUCAGUUUAAAAAAUAAAUCAGUUUUUAAUGCUUUUGCUAGUUUGUGCUUUUAAAUAUUUAUAUAAAUUAUUUAUUAAUGUAUAUAGGAAAUUAUGUUUUUGAGUUUUGUUUAUGUAUGUAAACAAAUCUUUAUCAUUCCUUUAAAUUGCUACAUAGUUUUAUAGCAUGAUUAUUCCAAAUGCUUAUUAUUGAUAGACUUAAAUUGUUUCUGAUUAUUUUGCUAUGUAUACUGCUAUUGAUAUCUUUAUAUAUUUCUCCAUUUUCAUGUGUGAACAUUUCUGUUGAGACUAUAUCUGGAAGUGGAAUUGCUGGCUCAUAAGAUGAAAUAACUGAGGCAUAGAUAACUUCUAACCAGAAAACUUCUAGUGACUGAAUUUGAAUCCAAGUCAGUGUAAGUCCCCAGUAGUGGGAUUGUUGGAUCAAAAGCCGACUCAUCAGCUUCUAAGUCAUUGCAGAGAGAAACAUAAAGUGUGUCAUGUCCCACACCAACUUUACCGUCUUCCACCCUGCAGUGUUUGUCCUGCUUGGCAUCCCUGGGUUGGAGACUUACCACAUUUGGCUGUCAAUACCCCUUUGCCUCAUGUAUAUCACUGCAGUCCUGGGGAACAGCAUCCUGACAGUGGUCAUCAUCACCGAACGUAACCUCCAUGAGCCCAUGUAUUUCUUCCUCUCCAUGCUGGCUAUCACGGACAUUCUGCUGUCUACCACUACUGUGCCUAAGGCCCUAGGUAUCUUUUGGCUCCAUGCCCAUGAUAUUGCCUUUGAUGCCUGUGUUACCCAAGUCUUCUUUGUCCAUGUGAUGUUUGUGGGGGAGUCAGCCAUCCUGUUAGCCAUGGCCUUUGACCGUUUUGUGGCCAUUUGUAUCCCCCUAAGAUAUACGACAGUGCUAACAAGGCCUGUUGUGGGAAGGAUUGCUCUGGCCAUUGUCACUCGAAGCUUCUGCAUCAUUUUCCCAGUGAUCUUCUUGCUGAAGCGGCUGCCCUUCUGCCGAACCAACAUCAUUCCCCAUUCCUACUGUGAGCACAUUGGAGUAGCUCGCCUAGCCUGUGCUGACAUCACUGUUAACAUCUGGUAUGGCUUCUCAGUACCUAUUGUCAUGGUCAUCUUGGAUGUGAUCCUCAUCGCUGUGUCUUACUCACUGAUCCUCCGAGCAGUGUUUCGUUUACCCUCCCUGGAUGCUCGGCAUAAGGCCCUCAGCACUUGUGGCUCCCACCUCUGUGUCAUCCUCAUGUUUUAUGUUCCGUCCUUCUUUACCUUAUUGACACAUCGUUUUGGACAUAACAUUCCUCGACAUGUCCAUAUCCUGCUGGCCAAUCUUUACGUGGUGGUGCCACCAAUGCUCAACUCCAUUGUCUAUGGCGUGAAGACUAAGCAGAUCCGGGAGGGUGUAGCCCACUGGUUCUCUGACAUCAAGAAUUGGUGCUCUGCCUCUCCUCUGGGCUGAUGAAUCCCCAUGAGUCUCCAUGCCCAGCUUCAGCAAAGAAGAUGUUAAAUACAGAAGUUUCCUGAACUGAGAGGGCUUUUCUUUCUCCUCUUCUUCCUCUUUCGAUUUUAUCCUCCUACCUCCAUUUUUAUCUUCUAGCUCUUCCUCUUUACUUUCUUCUACUGUUUCCUUGUUUUCUCUACCCUCUUUACACAUUCCUUCCAACAACCCAGAAAUGAUAACUAAGUGUACAUGCAUCUGAUAUGAGCCUUUGGUAUACUCAGUAGACUAGAUGUAUUCCAGAAGCACAGGGAGCUUGAAUUGAGGUUAUAAACAAAUUAAUAAAAAGUAAUUUUAUAUUUAACAUUUGAAGGGAUUGCAUUUUUUAAAAAUCUCAAAAUGUGC